AUGGCAACAAGAGGGCUUGCCUUGCUCCUUCUGCUGCUCUGCGUGAUUCAUCACGUCCAGUUGGCUCAAGCAGCCGUUGCAUGUGGCACGGGCGCCGUGUGCGUUUGCUUCGGAACCAGCGUCAAUUGCGGUGGCAGAUCUCUCACCGAGAUGCCGACCGGAGUCCCUGCCACCACCACGGUUCUGAAUCUGCAGAACAAUCAAAUCACCAGCAUUUCCGCAACCGCACUCACAGGCCUGACUUCGCUGACACAACUGCUUCUGCCACGCAACAACAUCAGCAGCAUAGCUGCAAACGCAUUCACGGGCUUGAGCGCGCUGACUUACAUAAGUUUGGACUCCAACAAGCUCACAAGCAUUCCCACUCACGCAUUCACGGGCCUGACUGCGCUGCAGCACUUGCUGAUGCAAAACAACCCGGUCACCAGCAUUCCCGCAGACGCAUUCGCAGGCUUGACUGCGUUGAAUAGUUUGGUUCUGUUUAACAACCAGAUCACCAGCAUUUCUACAAACGCAUUCGCAAGCCUGAAUGCGCUGACGACCUUACAAUUGCAACAAAACUUGAUCGACAGCAUUCCCGCAGACGCAUUCGCAGGCCUGACUGCCCUUACUAAUUUGCGAAUGGAUAACAACCAGAUCACCACCAUUCCUGCAGGAGCAUUUGCAGGCCUGACUGCGCUAAACUACUUACACCUGUCCAACAACCAGAUCACCAGCAUUUCUGCAACCGCAUUCACAGGCCUGACUGCUCUGAGUGGCUUGCAAUUGCACAGCAACUACAUCACCAGCAUUCCCGCCUCUGCUUUCACAAGCCUGACUGCGCUCAUUCAAUUGAAACUGGGUACGAACCAGAUCACCAGCAUUCCCUCAAACGCCUUCACGGGUCUCACAGCGCUGCAAGACUUGGAGCUCCACAGUAACCAGAUCACCAGCCUUUCUACAGAUGCAUUCCAAGGCCUGACUGGGUUGGUUAAAUUGCUUUUGAAUAGUAAUCCCUUGACUACUCUGCCGCCCGGUCUGUUUCAGGGCCUGUCCAAUAACUUGGUUAUAGCGGAGUCGUACUCAUAUCUGAGCCCCAACAACUUUACCAAUGGCGGAAACACCCGUGCUCCGCCCAGCACAUUCGGCUCUGCAUCCUAUCCGAACAAGUGUAAUACAGCCUGUGCCACCUGCUAUGCAACUGGGUCUGCUGCGUGCUGCGCGACCGACUGUCUGUACUGCACUUCAUCCGCCGUGUGCACUCAGUGCUAUGACGGCUAUGGCAUGUUGAGCGGAUCAUGCGUUCCGCUCGCUUCCAUCGCUUCUGCUUCCGUAGCCUCUGUCGCAUCUGCGUCGGACGCUUCCAUCGCCUCUGCGUCAACCGCGUCCGCUGCGUCUGUUUCGACCGCCUCAGCUCUGUCGGCGACCUUUGCUUCCAUUGCUACUGCAUCUUCAGCCUCGCAAGCAUCCGCGUCUGCCGCAUCUGAUGCUUCUGCUGCCUCGGCAUCCUUUGCUUCAAUUGAAUCUGCUGCAAGCGCGUCAUCCGCAUCGGCCGCAUCUGAUGUUUCCACCGCCUCGGCAUCCUUUGCUUCCCUCGCUUCUGCGUCCUCGGCGUCAAUUGCCUCACAGAUGUCUGCGUCAGCCGCCAGUGCCUCAUCUGUGUGGCAGACGUCAGCUGCAUCUGCAGCGUCCAAUGCACCAACAGGCUCAAGUGACUCAGAUUCGUGGCCCAUUAUUCUCGGAGUCAUUCUUGGCCUGUUGGCACUCCUCGUGCUGGCUGCACUGGCCAUGGCCCUUCGGCGUCGUCGCUCACCAAAGGCAUUGGCAACCACCGUCUCGGCGACCAAACUACGCGCAUCACCUUCCGGCUCAGAAUCGGCCUACCAGACUGUCGGCACGGUGCUAAACGCGUUGCAUCCAGCCAAUGACAUGUUGUCCGUCAAUCCAACCUACGCAGCUUUGUCCGACACUGCUAACCACGCCUUGUACGAAGAUGUUGGCUCAACGUCCCAGGCCCCUGCGUCGGAACAGGUGUAUGCUGAGGCCUCCGUGUCUGCAUACAGUGCAGCGCAGGCGUCAAGCAGUAGUGGCGUCCAGUACGCCGAUCCUUCGCUUCCCAAUGCCUCGUCUGUGCGUGUGCCGGCCGCAGCCUCACCAACCACUUACUCGGCGGUCACCGCUGUGCCACACCAGCAAAACUAUGAAACUCCUGGUACCCAUGCCUUGUACGAAGAUGUUGGUUCAAAGACCCAUGCGCCUGUGGGUUUGUAUGCCGAGACGGCUGUACCUGCAUCCGGUGUCGAGUACGCCGAUCCUUCGCUGCCUAACGCCUCGUCUGUUCGCGUGCCAUCUGCAUCCUCACCAACCGCUUACUCGACGAUCGCUGUUGCACCUUCCCCGCAGUCCGGGACUGUCGAGUACACGUCGAUUAAAAACUAG